AUGAACGGACUGAGCGGUUUCUUCGUCGUGGCUCUGGCGGCCGCGACCGUUGGUGCCCAGUGCCCCGACAGCUUUUUUGAGGCAGAAGGAGGAUGCUUCUAUGUUUUAGACUCCGAGGCAACACCGAUCACGUGGGAUGACGCCAGAGAAAUCUGCAUUGGGCUGAGCGGCAAUGGGUGGAGUGUGGACUUGGCUUCCUUAGACACGACCACACAGCUUGAGGCCUUCGCUGAGGCUUGGGACACCGUUGGAGCGGACUACAGGCCCUACGGUUACAUGUGGGUGGGCUUCUCCCGUGAGACUGGCCAGUGGGCCAACCUGGACGGAGUGCCAGUGUCCCUCUAUUCCAACAUGUGGCGGGAAGGCCAUCCGCACGGCAUGAACAUGCACGUGUACAUCGAAGACGUCACCAUGACCUCCGGUGAACAAUCACAAGGACGAUUCUAUGCUUCAUGCACGAUGAAUAAGGCAAUCGAGAGAGCACUGUGCCGGGCCUUUCCCGCAGCUUAAGCAGCUUUAA